AUGACAUCAAAUACCAAACGUCCAAAACAUAAUAAUCCUAAAAAAUGGAUCUUGAAUGGAUUUGUUAUGAAUACACCUGGUUUACAAAAUCCAGGACUUUGGAGUCAUCCAAAUGAUCAAGGUAAAAAUUAUAAAACUAUAAAGUAUUGGACAGAUUUAGCUAAAAAAUUAGAAGAUGCAAACUUUACAAGUUUAUUUAUUGCAGAUGUUUUAGGACCAUAUGAUGUUUUUGGAGGUCCUGGGAAUUUUAGUUCACCUGCAAUUGGAGCAGGUCAAUUACCUGUUAAUGAUCCAAGUUUAAUUGUACCAGUUAUGGCAAGUGUUACUAAAUCAAUUGGAUUUGGUAUAACAAUUUCAACAACUUAUGAACAUCCAUAUGAUUUAUCAAGAAGAUUAAGUACUUUAGAUCAUUUAACAGAAGGUAGAAUCGCAUGGAAUGUUGUUACAUCUUAUUUAGAAAGUGCAGCAAAGGGACAUGGAUUAAAUGAACAAAUUGAUAAAUCAAUUCGUUAUGAAAGAGCAAAUGAAUAUUUAGAAGUUAUUUAUAAAUUAUUAGAAGGUUCAUGGAAAGAUGAUGCAGUUAUUCUCGAUACCACGAGAAAUAUUUAUGCAGAUCCAACCAAGAUUAAAUCAAUUCAUCACAAAGGUAAACAUUUUACAAUUGAUGGAAUUCAUAUUUCAGAACCAAGUAAACAAAGAACUCCAGUUAUUUUCCAAGCUGGAUUAUCCAAUGAUGGUAAAAAAUUAGCUGCAAAACAUGCCGAAGGUGUAUUUGUUAGUGGUAUUUCACCUGAAUCAGUUAGAUUAAAUGUUGAUGAUAUUAAAAAGCUGGCUGUUGAAUAUGAUAGAGAUCCUGAUUCCAUCAAAUUUGUAUUUGGUGUAUUAAUUGUUGUUGAUGAAACAGAUGCAAAAGCAUGGAGUAAAUUUGAAUCAUAUAAACAAUAUGCUAAUAUAGAAGGUGCAUUAGCAUUGAUUGGGGGAUGGAUGGGAUUAGAUUUAUCACCAUUUCCAGAUGAUAUUGAUUUAAGAACUGUUGGAGGUGAUGUUGGUAAAUUUUUCAAUAAAAGAAGUCCAAAUUCACCAAUUUCCAAAUUGGAAUUUGCCCUUGAAGUUAGUGUUGGUGGGUCACCCAAGAUUAUUGGAUCUUAUGAAACGGUUGCUAAUGAAUUAGAAAGAUAUAUAGAUAUUGGAGGAGUUGAUGGAUUUAAUUUGAAAUAUUCUAUUGUACCAGGAUCAUUUGAUGAUAUUAUAGAAUGGUUAUUACCUGAAUUACGUAAAAGAGGUCAUUUUGAUUCAAAUUAUCCAGUGCCUGAGGGAACAUUACGUGAGAAUUUAUCAAGAAUUGAAGGUAAUACUCAUUUACCAUCUGAUCAUCCUGGAUAUAAAUUUAAAUGGUGA